CACAGCUUCAAGUCAACGACACCCACGCACCAUCACCAGUCCGACUUGGAACUUGAACAAGAGCUCUACUGGCCACCAGUCACCGAGUCGGCGAGAUGCCUGUAAGCAACCAUACUUCGACAUGACGACCGCAGCUGCCCAAGCUCCCAGCCGCGUCCAAACACCCAACCCACCACCACCGGGGCCGGUAACGCCUCGACCCAAGCCAUCGCGCACGUCGAGUCUACAGUCAGAGUCGGGGCCAACCUCCAAAACAGCUUCAGCUGAUGCGUCUCAGACGCCUGCCCAGUCAGGAGGAGCGGCAGCUCGACGAAGCGCCCGCCCGGCAUUUCCCACCACCGACCCCCUCUCAGACAAAGCCACCACUCUCCUGAUCCGCCGCAUCCUCUGCCCUCAGCAUAUCGAAAAGGCCAAGAGUGCGCCAGCACCGAUCGAGGAGCUCUUACCGCCGCUGACCAGUCGCAACGAUGUGGAUCUGCAGCUCUACGCCCUCAUCGCCAUCAUCCUGAGGGAGUACAUCCAGAACUGGUACAACAAGAUUACGCCCGAUGAGACAUUCGUUGCCGAGAUUGUUCAAAUCAUCGCACACAUCACAAGAGCCCUCGAGCAGCGGCUGCGGAAAGUGGACCUGGAGGGCCUUUUAUUCGACGAGAUUCCCGAUCUGCUCGAUAAGCACAUCACUGCCUACCGCAUAGCCCAUGAUCCCAUCACGCAGGCCCCCAUCAGGACAAAUGCUCGCGAGAUCUACCACUCGCUAUGUCCACUCCCCGCGCUGACACCCGUCCCCCGCCCAGAGGACCCUGAAAGCGUUGCCCAACAGGCCGAGAAUGAAGUAGCGUAUCGUCAACUGCUAGUUCACGCCGUCCUGGCCAUCCUGCUCCCCACCGAAGACCUCGAGAAUGGGUGCUUGACAGCUCUGGUUGGCCAAAUAUUUUCAGAGCUAAUCAUCGGGAACUCGGUCGCCAACAAACUAUCGGAGCCGUGGAUGAUAUUGGAGAUGAUCAUUAUUGCGACACGAACUUUGGGCAAGAGAAAAGCAAUCGAGGACGAGAAUCCUUCGGGGCGGCCGGGCAAGGGCUCCUCGGCUGGUCGCCGCGGCCUCUCUUCGGUGCAGGGCUUGUUUUGGAUGGUGGUGCACUGGUGCUUCCUCGCGACCUCAUUCAUCAGAUUGUCCUUUACGGUCCUCAUGACGACCCGUUCUCUGCCGCCUCGAAGCUCUCACAGCACGGCCCAGCGCAAGAAUGUGGUUCAACACGAGGUCGGACUGGAUUCUGGACCACUCAAAAUGCCCGUGUUGGCCUUCAGAUGCUGGUCGGCAAUAUCGAAUCUGAUCGAGAUGGAUGUGCGGAUGCCAUGGCUCUGCGGCGCAUUAUCGAUGGUGCAGUGGGUUACCAUGACGGGACCAGGACGAAUCGCGGCCGUAGAUGGCAAACUUGACAGGUAG